GGAUCGAAGGUUCCCCCGACCAGAAGGGCAGGUGUGGUGAGUACACCAUUUUGUUUGCAAGUUCAUUUGGUGGUGUUGGGUGGCAAGUAGACUCGCGUGGGUGGUAUGCCCGUGUCGGGAAUAAUUACGUUCGUUUUUGUGCACCAUCCUCGAGUUAUUCGUUCGCCUAAAAAGUGGUAAACCGUGACGGGAAGGAUACAUUCGUUCGAUUUUUACCAUUUUUCGAUAUCCGCGUCGUGUAAAAGACAUUACAACGCACAAUUUACGUUCCAAUCUUCCGAAUUUUGAUUCCGUAUAUUCGAUCUGUGGUGGUAGUGAAGUGGUGAUAGUGUAGUGAACCAAGAUGUCCAGACCAGAGAAGAAGUUGGUCGAAUGCUUUAUGAAGCGCAAAGCACUAUUCGUCGUUCGUGAUUCCGUUGAAGUGUUCAUCAAUAAUUUUGACAACCAGAAUGACGUUUUCCAGAUUCCGAUUCGUGUUGAAGCGUUGGACAGAGUCUACAACGAAUUCAUUGACCUGCAAACGGAGAUCGAAAAGUAUGAUGAUCCUGAGAAGUUUGAGGAGCAUAUGCAAGAACGAGCAACGUUCGAGGCGCGAUACUGUUCGGCUAAAGCCAAUCAUCCUCCAGCGAAUUUCCACCUGCGAUUACCCAAGAUUGACCUUCCAAAGUUUGACGGAGAUUUGUCUAGAUGGCUUUCCUUCCGUGAUACGUUUACAUCCAUGGUCCAUUCCAAUGCGGAUAUUCCGACAGUAGCGAAGAUGCAGUACCUCUUACAAUCACUGGAAGGAGAAGCUCAUAAGCCAUUCGAGUCAACCGAUAUAAGUGCGGAUAAUUACACAUUAACUUGGGACGCUUUAUUGAAGCGUUACGACAAUAAACGUUAUUUGAAGCGUCAGCUAUUCCGAGCUUUGUAUGACCUCCCGCCACUCAACAAAGAGUCACCCCAAGAGCUGCAUGACCUGGUUGAUGAUUACCAACGGCAUGUCAAGGCUUUAGCGAAGCUGAACGAACCAGUCAUCCACUGGGACACACCGUUAAUCAACCUGCUAAGCUACAAACUGGAUUCAACAACCCUCCGAGCCUGGGAGGAGAAGACUAGUAGCGCUGAUGACAUCACUUACGAGGAGUUGGUUGAUUUCUUGUACCAGCGUGUCCGAAUGUUGAAGUCCGUCGUCACCGAUCUGCAGCAACGCUCCAAUCAAGUCGGCCAAGUCAAGGUGGCCGGUUCCACACCAAACCAGAAGAAGCCAUUCAAGAUGAAAACCAUUUGUUAUUCCAAUGUCCAGCAUUUUCCAAGAUGUCCGUUUGUCAACGCAGAGAACUGGUAUCCCAAAAACGCCUAUGCUGGAAUUGUUUCCGUUCUGGACACCAAAAGACACCACACGCUGCUGCACGAAUCUGCAGUCCCGAAAGUACAAUCCACUCCAGUUGUCAUGUCUGGUCAGUCAUCCCAGCAACCGAAUCCACCCACGUUGACUGUUGUCGAAUCCCCUGGAUCAGCGAAUCCGAAUCCCCAAGUGAGUUUGUCGGCACAGUCAUAUCAGUCCACUGUCCUAUUGGAAACGGUUAACCUCCUUGUCGUAGACCAGAAUGGCAAAGAGCAUCCUGCUCGCGCGCUCCUAGAUUCGGGAUCAAUGUGCAGUUUUAUUACGAAGAAAUUAUCCAAUGUACUCAACCUCCGCCGCACGAAAGUUGACAUCGCCGUGUCUGGAAUCGGUGAAGCAUCGAAGCAGAUCAAGCGCAAGUUGACUGCUACGAUUAAAUCCAAGUUGCUUUCGUAUAGUACAACUCUCGAUUUUCUGAUUUUGAAGAAACCCACAGUAUGCCUGCCAACUACGCCGAUUGAUAUUUCCUCGUGGCAGUUCCCUGAUGUUCCGUUAGCCGACCCACGAUUCCACAUUCCAGCCGACGUUGACAUGAUUGUCGGUGGAGAAGUAUAUUAUGACCUGCACACCGGUUGUAAGAUUUCCUGCGGCGAAGGAAAACCUGUAUUCGUCGAAACCUCGUUCGGAUGGACUGUUUCUGGGAAAGUAGUCAUCCAAUCACCCGAUGUUCCACGUGUUUGUCACCUCACCACUGUAGACCGAAACCUGGAACAAGCCCUCCAGAAGUUCUGGGAGCUAGAAGCUGUUGAACCCUGCUCCAUGUUAUCCGCUGAAGAAAAUUUCUGUGAAGAUCAAUAUGCCACUACCACCACUCGCGAUUCGUCGGGUCGUUACCGUCGCUUCUUGAACCUUGAAAAACGACUUGAGCGAGAUCCAACCACCAAAGCUGCCUACUGCCGCUUCAUGGAGGAAUACGAACGCCUAAACCACAUGAAGAAGCUCGUGGAUCCAGUAGACGAAACCAAGCCACACUGUUUUCUCCCACACCACCCGGUGUUCAAGGAAUCCAGCACCACUACGAAGGUUCGAUGCAUCCUGCAAGACGUCUUCUGGAUUCUCUGUGAAUGA